AACCCACCAACCUUAUUCACAAAAAAAAAAAAAAAGCGAAAGAACAAUCUAAGGACAAAGCUAUCUCCUCUGUUGCAGAUUCCGGUAGAUCAUAUCAGAUCAGAUCAAAUACCUUAUCUGAUUAGGCAGCCAUGGAUUCUGGAACAAAAGUGAAAAAAGGAGCGUCUGGAAGAAGAAGUGGAGGUCCGAAGAAGAAACCGGUUUCCCGGUCGGUUAAAGCCGGUCUACAGUUUCCAGUCGGUAGGAUCGGUCGGUAUCUAAAGAAAGGUCGCUAUUCGAAGCGUGUUGGAACCGGAGCUCCGGUGUAUCUCGCCGCCGUGCUUGAGUAUCUUGUAGCUGAGGUUCUUGAGCUUGCUGGUAACGCUGCAAGAGAUAACAAGAAGAACCGUAUCAUACCACGACAUGUUCUGUUAGCUGUGAGGAACGACGAGGAGCUAGGGAAGCUACUCAAAGGCGUAACCAUCGCACACGGAGGAGUUUUACCAAACAUAAACCCAAUUCUACUCCCAAAGAAGUCUGAGAAAGCAGCUUCACCUGCAAAAGUGCCCAAGUCACCAUCAAAGGCUGCCAAAUCCCCUAAGAAGGCAUAGUUCUCAUUAGCAUUCUCCUUCUUCCUCUUGCUUACUCUCCGUGUAACUUGUAAUUACACACUCUCCCUCUCUCUGUAUGUUGGUCUGUAAAGACAGAACUUCUCUUACCUGUAUUCAACAGUCGUAAACAAUGUGUAACGUCCAGAAAAGUCUGAUCGUCACUGUGUGAAUCGAGCCUAUUGUUCAGUAUGAAAUAAAGGAUUC